UGAAAUUGUAGUGAAAGGUGUUCACGAGUAUAUCGAUUAAAAAGCUGAAACAGCAAAUGAAAAGCAUGUGGCAAUGAAUACCGAACUAACCUGGAGAUUUUUUGCUUUCUGGAAUGAACAAUCAUUGAUCCGCCCACUGUUUUCAUCCAAAACCUCACCUAAACUCAUGCCAUUUAACAAUCCCAUCGAUACCCGUUUGUGCUACAUUUAGACAUAUCUCAAUCCCAUACUCCACCAACACUUACACUCCUCCUCCGCCUCCAGUUAUCGGCUGCCGUCAGCCACCUGUCACCAUCAUAUUCCUCCCCCUUGCCCCUUAAACGUAUAUUUAGCCACUUCCUUCCCCUUCACGACAACCUCCGCCGAUACAUUACUAAUACCCACUUCUUCACUUCACCUUAAUUUUAUCAAUUUACAAACUAUGGAGUCAUGUAACAUUUGCCAUCGAUUAUUUAUCAUACCAGUAGCGAUGUUACCACUCGCCGCAGCUCAGUCUUUUAGAGGUUCUUCUUCUUCGGCGUACCCUUACGAGAUCGGUGGAACCGUUAGUUCGCCUGUGAAGAUAAUACUAGCAGUACUCAUCUUCGGCAUGUUCUUAAUCGCGUUUUUUUCGUUGUACCUCCGUAAGUGCUUACAUGACUCUGCAGAAUCUCGCCGGCCUGUUGUGAUCGCUAACAAUCACCGCACGCGACUGAAAUUCCCCUGCGGUCUUGAUAGAUUGAUUGUUGAGUCGUUUCCGGUGUUCCUUUACUCCGAUGUGAAAGUACUGAAAAUCGGUAAGGGAGCUUUAGAAUGUGCUGUGUGUAUAAUGGAGUUUGCAGACGACGAAAGGCUUCGAUUUUUACCGAAAUGUCAUCACGUCUUUCAUCCUGAUUGUAUCGACGCUUGGUUAGCUUCUCAUACGACGUGUCCAGUUUGCCGAGCUGACCUCACUAAAGCAAACCUCGAAGGUGACUCGGAAUUUAAUCACGAGUUGGCUCACUCCCAAAUCGAUGAAUCUAGAACUGAAAUCGGAUCUCGAGAUCAUCUAAUUCACAUAGAUGAUGAACGAGUGGCUCCGAAGUUUCCGCGUUCGCACUCCACCGGUCAUUCAUUGGUUCCACUGGGAGAGAAUUGCGAGCGAUACACAUUGAGAUUCCCGGAAGAGGUUCGAAAGCAGAUUGUGACACUGAAAAGAGCGAAAAGUUGUGGAUGCGGCGUUGAUUUUCCGAUGGAAGGAAGUUCAAGAAAAGGAUUGAGAGGUGGUGGAGGAGUUCACGGCGGAGUAAAGCGGUGGAAUCCGGAUCGGCUAUGUGGCAGGUCGGAUCUCUGGAACUUCACUGUCACACGGAUGCCGGUUUUUAUUGCGAAAAGCGGUUCGCUUGGGAAAAGUGAUCCGGCUCAAUCGUCAUCAUCAACCUCUGAUCCAGUUUAAAUCUGUGUGUGUGUGUGUGUUUUUUUUUUUUUUCAAAUCGGAUAAGUUUCGUAUAUUUUGAUAGGUUAAAGUUCUUACAAAUUUGCCUAAAGAAACCUCCAUUUGAAAAGUUAUGAGGUAAAGCGGAUGCGUUACAAGUUUAGCAAUAAGCUUUGGUUUUUUUUUUUUUUUUUCUACUUUUUAGGUUUUUAAAAUUAAAAUUAAAAAGCAAAAUCUUAUAAAAUAUAAGAUUCAAGCUUUUAUUUUACGAGGAAAAGACAAAAAAUAACUAGUUUUCAUAAAAUAGUAAAAAAUUAAGAAUUUUUAAAUUUGAACCAGAAAUCAUAGGUAAGGGUCAGAGGGUUAGACGACUGUGAUUUUAUCAUUUUGAUUGUGAUUUUAAUUCGUGUAUAAAAAAUUGGCUAUUUUUCAAGAAUCGUACAUAUGGCCAUUUACAAUUUCCUUUAUCAUCAUGUAUGAUUUCAUGAAUUUUUGUAUUGUAUUGGCUGAUGGUUGAUCAUUAUAACUUUACAGGUAUAGACAACACUAUUCUUGAUGCUUA